CGUGCGUGUAGGGCCAGCAAAUGGUCGUGAAGAACCAUUUCCUUUCCCUCCAUAAUUGAGAUCUCCCUCCAAAGCCUCUCACAAUCCCUCCCGUCUUAAAAAAACCCAGGUUGCUUCCACAAUAACUCUCAUUGCAGAGAAGAAGAAGAAAAAACAGGCAAUCCAAUCUAAUCCAAACAUGUCCACGACUCACCAACAGGAUUUAGAUCUCCUUCUCUCACUCCAAGACAGAGUUCUGGAAACCCCACCUGCCUCUCCUUCUUCCCUUCAUUCCCGACCACCAGCCUACCUCUCGGAUGAUGGAUUGCCGAUGCGGAAAGCUGACAUGUCUGUGUUCCGAAAUGCUGUCCAGGACUAUCUAACUGAUAACAAUGAACUCAGUAGCAUAGCUACUGCUCCCAAAUCAAACCCUUCGCUCUCAAAAGAAAUUGAUAUUGAAAAGUUUUCAGGCUUGCGGAUACGGAAUCUCUCUGUCUCUGCCAUGGACUUGAAUAACCAUUUUUCGGAUGUCCGCUUCAUUCGGUUGCCAGCUAUACGGAAUUCACUGAUGGGCGAUACUGUUUCUGGCUGUUGGGCGACUGUUGGCGUCUUAACAGAGAAAGGGCUUCCUAAAAAAAGCUCCAACUCAAAGACUUUCUGUGUGUGGAAAAUGGGGUGUUUGGAUGAAUUGGCAGUUUCUGUUUUCUUGUUUGGUGAUGCUUAUACAAAGAAUUGCAACGAACUGGCUGGAACAGUUUUUGCGUUGUUCAAUGCGGGUGUUCGCAAGGAUGCUGCGGGUAAUGGGUUCUCAUUGAGUGUAUAUUCAGCUCAUCAAGUUGUAAAGAUGGGGAUUUCUGUUGAUUACGGUGUAUGCAAGGGGAAAAGAAAGGACGGGAUGGCCUGUGCAAUGGUCAUAAAUAAGCGUCGUGGAAUAUACUGCAAAUACCAUACUUCGAAUGUAUCCCAAAAAUACUCAACUCUGCGCUCUGAGCUUAAGGGUGGGAACUUACGACAAGCAUUUAGGAACCAUCUCAAUGCUGAGGGGAUUUACUUGGUGGAUCGUCUAGCAGGUCAUUCCAAUUUUGGGAAGCCUGUGCAGCCAGUGAAAGUGAUGUCUGUCGAUGGGCUGAAAAAAGCUUUAAGCAAUGCAGGUAAGGUGACGACCAAUAGCCGAUCACAAGGAAUAAGAUUCCUAACAGAAGUCACAGGGAAAAUGCAUUCAAAAGAUCCAAGUAAAGGGUCUGCAGAGCACAACCAACAAAGGGGUAGUUCCCAAAAAAGGGUAUCUUCUGCGACGAAGGUAGCUUCCAAAAUAGUCAUAGAAAACCAACAACCACUGCCAAAGAGAAAGAAAACCGAAGAGGCUUCAGAGAAUUUGAUUGAAUUAGAAAUUGUUAGUUCAGAGGAAGAGGGAUGAAAGCAUCAGCCAUCCUCAACCAUGGUUGCUUGAUAUGCGAAAAUCACACAUGGCAUGUAUUCAACUGUUUGGAGAUGAGAUUCAUCCAUACAGUAAGGACGGGUAUGUGCAAAGCUUACAGUAGUAAUCAAAAUAUCAAAUAUAACACCCACUGGGGCUGUCAAAUGGUCAGGCCAUGCCUGGUGUUGAACUGGGAAUCUUGUCAAAAAGAGCCAUGAGUGGAAUUUUGUUUUGCUUCAGAGUAUUAUCUAUUUUCAGCAAUUUUAAAAUUGUCUUCCCAAUUAAAUGCUUUAAAUUUAAUUAUUAAAAUGUUGAGCUGAGUAAAGAUUCUGAGUUUUGGA